AUGAUUAUUUCUGGUUACCGUUUACCGACUAGAAAAACUGUAUCGAAUAGUCUUUUGCCAAAAAUGUAUCGGGAAUGUUUGGAAAAAGUUCAGAUUAACAUAGACUCCGCCUGGGCUGUCUGUCUAACUACCGAUUCCUGGACGUCGAUAAAUAGUUUUGUUUCUGUCACCGCCCAUUAUUCAGAUAAUACUAACAUUAUGAGGUCAUAUCUUUUAGAUUGUUUUUCAUUUUCUGACAGACAUACGAGUGAAAAUCUGUGCCAAUCUUUGCAAGCAAAAAUUGUCGAAUGGAAGAUUCAAAACAAAGUCGUUGCUGUAGUAAGUGACAAUGCCGCCAAUAUUUCGGCUGAUAUUAGGAUGGGUGGCUGGAAACAUAUCGGAUGUUUUGCCCAUUCUAUAAAUUUGGUUGUACAAUCAGGUUUAAAAGAAAUUAAAAAUACUGUCAUAAAAGUGAAGUCUAUUGUGGAAUAUUUCAAGAAGACUUCGUCAGCAUUGGCAAAAUUAAAAGAAAUUCAACAGCAAAUGGGUCUUCCAGAAUUAAAAUUAAAACAAGACGUAGUCACACGAUGGAACUCGACACACGACAUGUUAAGUCGAUUCUGCCGUCGAGUUUGGUGUUGA